AUGGAAGGGGAAUCUUACCAUAAUGCAACCACAGUCAACGGGACCCCAGUAAAUCACCAGCCUUUGGCUCGCCAUGGGCUGUGGGAAGUCAUUACCAUCGCAGCUGUCACAGCUGUGGUCAGCGUGGUCACCAUUGUGGGCAACGUCUUGGUCAUGAUCGCCUUCAAAGUCAACAGUCAGCUCAAGACAGUCAACAACUAUUACCUACUCAGCUUGGCCUGUGCAGAUCUUAUCAUUGGAGUCUUCUCCAUGAACCUUUACACUACCUACAUCCUCAUGGGACGCUGGGUGCUCGGGAGUCUGGCAUGUGAUCUCUGGCUUGCACUGGACUACGUGGCCAGCAAUGCUUCUGUCAUGAACCUUCUGGUGAUCAGUUUUGACAGGUACUUUUCCAUCACAAGACCCCUAACAUACAGAGCUAAGCGUACCCCGAAGAGGGCUGGCAUCAUGAUUGGCUUGGCCUGGCUGAUCUCCUUCAUCCUUUGGGCCCCGGCUAUCCUCUGCUGGCAGUACUUGGUUGGGAAGCGGACGGUACCACUGGAUGAGUGCCAGAUCCAGUUCCUGUCUGAGCCUACCAUCACAUUCGGCACUGCCAUUGCAGCCUUCUACAUCCCUGUUUCUGUCAUGACCAUCCUCUACUGCCGGAUCUACCGGGAAACAGAGAGGCGAACCAAGGACCUGGCUGACCUCCAGGGCUCUGAAUACGUGGCUGAAACUAGGAAGAAAAAGCCAGCUCACACAGCCCUGCUCAGAUCCUGCUUCAGCUGCCCUCCACCCACUCUGGCCCAAAGGGAAGGAAACCAGGCCUCCUGGUCAUCCUCCCACAGGAGCACCUCCACCACAGGGAAGUCAUCCCAAACCACUGGCCCAAGCUCUGACUGGCCCAAAGCUGAGCAGGUAACAACCUGUAGCAGCUACCCAUCCUCAGAAGACGAGGACAAGUCCACCACUGACCCUGUCUUCCAAGUGGUCUACAAGACCCAGGCCAACGAAAACCCAAAGGAAGAAUUCAGUACUGAAGAGACCAAGGAAACUUUUGUGAAUGCUCAAACUGAAAAAAUUGACUAUGGCACGCCUAAAUACUUCCUUUCUCCAGCAGCAGCUCAGAGAUUCAAGACUCAGAAAUGUGUAGCCUAUAAGUUCCGAUUGGUGGUAAAGGCUGAUGGGACCCAAGAGACCAGCAAUGGCUGUCACAAGGUGAAAAUCAUGCCCUGCUCCUUUCCAGUGUCCAAGGACCCUUCAACAAAGGGCCUGGAUCCCAAUGUCAACCAUCAAAUGACCAAACGAAAGAGAAUGGUGCUGGUGAAAGAGAGAAAAGCAGCUCAGACCUUGAGUGCCAUUCUCUUGGCCUUCAUCAUCACAUGGACCCCUUACAACAUCAUGGUCCUGGUUUCCACCUUUUGUGACAAGUGUGUUCCUGUCACUCUGUGGCACUUGGGCUAUUGGCUGUGCUACGUCAACAGCACUGUCAACCCCAUCUGCUAUGCCCUGUGCAACAGAACCUUCAGGAAGACCUUUAAGAUGCUGCUACUCUGCCGGUGGAAAAAAAAAAAGGUAGACGAGAAAUUGUACUGGCAGGGGAACAGCAAGCUACCCUGA